AUGGAGAUGGGAAGGAGUGCGGUGGAAGGUUUGGAACGUUGUUGUACUUGUGAUUAUGUGAUGGUCUACGACGGUCCCACCAUGUCCUCUCCUCUCAUGCGGAAGGUGUGUUUUAAUCAGACAGAACUGGACUUCCAUUCGUCCUCAUCCUACAUGACCGUGUUGUUCAGAAGUGAUUACUCUGGAGUUGGGCGUGGCUUUAAAGCCCACUUUAGCUCCUCCCUCAACGAGCACACAGGUCGAGUUAAUUGUUCCUCCGACUCGAUGAACAUCAUUAUCCGUAAAUCCUACAUUGACGCUCUGGGUUUCAGCUGGAGUGAUCUUUAUUUGGACGACCAUCGGUGCAGAGCUUCCACAAACUACUACGACGUGACCUUCAACUUCCCUCUCAACACGUGUGGAAGCAGCAGAAAGGUCCAGAACGGGCGUGUCAUUUACACCAACAAUGUCCGAGCCUCCCAGUCGACCUCCGGUGAGAUCACGCGGAAGGGAACGCGCUUCCUGUUGAUGGUGAGCUGCGUGAUGGAGCGCGGCGCGACCACUGGGACGGUUUAUCAGGCCAGGGAAACUGGGAACGCCUCCAUCAGUGGAACAGGCCAGUUUAACACCAGUAUGGAUUUUUACCCCUCCAGCAGCUUCUCGUACCCCAUCAGCCAGUUCCCGUAUAAGGUGGACCUGGAUCAGGACGUUUACGUUCAGGUGCAGCUGAGCCACCCAGAACCGAGUCUGCACCUCCUCCUCGACUCCUGUAUAGCAUCACCCAACCACGACUUCACCGUCCGUACCUACCAACUCAUACGCAACGGGUGUGCCGUCGACUCCUCUCUCUACAUCAUGACGAAUGGUCAGCGGUAUUUCGCUCGCUUCCGUUUCCGUUCCUUCAUGUUUCUGAGAACACACAGCUUCGUCUUCCUCAGGUGUGACGUCAUAAUCUGUGCAGAUAACGACUACAACUCACGCUGUCGCCAAGGCUGCCGUGCCCGCAGAAAACGCAGUCUGGACUCCGCCCACCACACCCAGGUGGUCACGCUGGGACCACUCACGCUUAAAGGCGAGGAGCUAAAGAACCAGGAUGAGCAGUAAUCAGUCAUCAGUAAUCAGAUGUAAUCAGACAUCUAAUGAAUCAGUG